AGCUCAUGACGUCGCUGCGCCUGAUCGACAUCGGCGCCAACCUCACGGACCCCAUGUUCGUGGGCAACUACCGCGGGAAGCAGAAGCAUGAGAGCGACCUGCGCCAAGUCCUCGACCGCGCCUUCGCCAACCACGUCGAGAAGAUCAUCGUCACGGGCGGGUCGCUCUCCGAGAGCAAGGAAGCGCUGCGCCUCGCGCGCACGCACGAGAAGCUCCAUUGCACCGUUGGCGUGCACCCGACGCGCUGCAGCGAGUUCCUCGCAGACCCGGACGCCUACAUGGCCGAGCUCACGCAGGUCUGCCGCGACGGCAUGAGCGACAAGAAGGUCGUUGCCGUCGGCGAGUUUGGCCUCGACUAUGACCGGCUCGAAUUCUGCCCCAAGGACGUCCAGCAGACGUACUUUACGCGGCAAUUCGACCUCGCGCGCGCGACCAAGCUGCCGCUCUUUCUCCACAACCGCAACACGGGCUCGGACUUUACGGACAUGAUUCGCCGCCAUCGCGAUGACUUCACGGACGGCGUCGUGCACUCGUUCACGGGCUCGAAAGAGGAGGCGCAGGCGCUUCUGGACCUUGGUCUCUACAUUGGUAUCAACGGCUGCUCGCUCAAGACGGCCGAGAACCUCGAGGUUGUCAAGAUGAUCCCGUCCGACCAGCUCAUGCUCGAGACGGAUGCUCCGUGGUGCGACAUUCGACCGACCCACGCCGGCUACAGCCACGUGCAGACAACGUUUCCGACCAAGAAGAUGGAGAAAUUCGUCCUCGGCGAGUGCGUCAAGGGCCGCAACGAACCGUGCACCAUGCUGCAAGUGCUCGAGGUCGUCAGUGGUGUCCGCGGCGAGGACAUCCAUGAGCUGGCCGCGACCGUCUACGACAACACCCAGCGCGUCUUUUUCAAUCCUAAAGCUCGUAAUAGCCGCGCUGGCCGUCGCCAAUCGGAUGGAUUUCGGGCCACGCAUGAUUGA